AAGCGGCAUGGGAAAGAGAUACAAUUCACAAGCCGUGGGAGACAUUUCACGGUUUUUGACCUUUCUUUCCUUUGACUUUUUUUUUACGAAAGAAAAACCAAGUGCCCCUCGAGGUUUUUGAGCCCCCCUCAUACAUAAAACUGUUGUGAAAUGUCCGGCGGUAUAGGCAGAGGCAGGGGAUGGCUAAAAUUAAAAUCGCAAGACAUCAAAAACCCCGGCUCGGAGAGCCCUUCGACGUUGGCAAACGAUGCGUCUCAACAAUUCAGCGACGCUUGCGAGGAUUACGCGGGUCUGAUUAGUGAAAUCAAACAGCUUAAUAUCAACGACGACGGAAUUAAGUUCAAUCAGAAAAUUAGGCAUAUUUUGGAAAGUUGGAACGAGGAAUGUCAGAAUGCAAUGGAUGUAGAGAAAAGCUUUGAAUCUAUCCAUAGUGCUAGUCUAAGAGAUUCUGAAAUGGCAACGAAGUUGGUCUUACUUAUUGCCUCUAGAACAUUUUUGUCACAAGAAGUUCACGGAACAAAUAUCAGGCUCAUGUUUUUGAGAAGACUGCAAAAUAGUUUUGAAGAAUGUGCCCAAAUAAAAUCAACUGAUCCGCACGCCUUUAGAAACAGCGUUCAAUUGAUGGGCGAAUUCUACAAUAAAGCCAGAUUGGCUAAUGGGCAACAGUUUGCAUUUAUGGCCACCCCUUUGUUGUCUUACUUCGAAAUGCUCCUCGAAUCUGUUGAUCCUUUGGAUUUUAAACUUUUUACCAUCCAGCUUUAUUUAAAUGGUAGUUCUCUGAGACAUGAAUGCCCUGAAAAAGUAGCAAACAUUAUUAGUAAAGUAAGAUACAUGUUGUGUUCAGAAGAAACAUACACAAGAGAGUGCAAACUAUGGCUAAUUCUUGCAAUGGAAGUUUCCAGUAACAGAUUUGCUUUGUUGCCAGCUGAUGUUCACAAUUUUUACCAGAAUGAGUUAGGAGAUCACGCAAUGGCUUGCUUUCAAGGAUCUCACGCCACGUUAACCGUACAAACUAAUCCCAAUAAAACUUUGGACACUUUUCACAGUAACGUAAACGUGUUGCAAGUUUCAACCGAUUCUGGAUAUCAAAAUAAUAGUGUUUCUGAUGUGUCUACAAAUAAUAGCAGCAGUAUUCAUAAUGAUAGCAGUUUAAAUUAUACUGAAAACAAAGAACCUCAGUCAAAUAAUAAAGCAAAGCCUGGUCGUCCAAUAUUAGGAAUAGGAGCCAGGCUCCAAAGAAGCAAAGUCCCACCAACUGAAACUAACCCAAUCGAAUUUACCUGGGAACCACAGAAUAAUUCAAACAUAAGUCAACCUUCAAAUGUGGAUCCAGGAAAUCAUCAAGCCUCAAAUAUGGAGUCUACGAGUCGUCAGCCCUCAAAUAUGGAUCCUCCAGCUUCAAAUACUGAAUCCAAAACUCGUCCAAUGUCAAAUACAGAUUCCAGCAGUCAUCAAGAGGCUAGGAAUCGUCAAACUUCAAGUAUAGACUCUAGGAGUCGUCAAGCUUCAAGUACGGAUUCUAGGAAUCGCCAAGGUCCAGCUGUCAAUCAUAAAGACUCUAGAAGUCGUCAGAAUGGUCCUAGCAAUGGAAAAUGGAGGGAAAAUAAUCAAGGAAAAAAAGACUGGGAAAAAAAGAAAUCGCCGUCCAUGAAAAAGGGAUGGGAGCAUGACGAUCGUUUUGAUAACGAUUAUAGUUGAAGUUAUUGAGUUCUAUAGAUUAUGGAUGGACAAUGAUUUUAUAGUUUGAGGCUUCUUUUUUUUAACUAUUAAGAUCUAAUGUCUUAAAUUCAAUUGACUGUAUAUAAUUGAUUGUGAAUGAAAAUUGCAUAAGACUAUGUUGAUGCUAUUUAGCUGGUAAUUUUUUUUUAGCCAAUUCUAGUAAAUAUUUUUAUACUUAAGCUCUUUUUUCUAUUAUUUAUUUAUAAUAAUUUUUAUAUAAAAUAAUUAUAUUCUGAAUAGAAAUUGUAGUCCUUAAUAGCAUAGAAGUUUCAUGCGAUUGCGAUGCUUGUCAUUUUAACAUUUUUCUUUUUUAGUCAAUUUUUUUUAGGCAAUUUUAAUACUGGCAAAUUGGAUAUAAUUUUGUUUUUGUCCAGUAAUUGUUGUUGUUAUACAUUAGUUUUUUUAAAUUUUAUUGUCCAGGUUAGUUUUAAGUUUUAUACAAAACAAUGAAUGUAUAGGUACAGGGUGUCAAGUUAUAAAGUACCACCACCUGUAACUUUUUUAAUUUUUAAUCAUACCUAAAAAAGUUACAGGUGGUGGUACUUUAUAACUUGACACCCGGUACUUAUAAUUUUAACUCUCAAUGGAAAUAAUUGUAGUCCUUUUUUUAGCUGGUCAUUUUACCCUUUUUUUUUUAGUCAAUAUUAACACUAGCCUUAGUAUGUAAGAUUUUUUACAUCUUAGUUUUUUUUCUAUAUACUUUAUUGUCCAAGCUAGGUUUUAUAUAUAACAAGGAAAAAAAAAAUUGUGAUAAAAAUAUUUAAUCUCUUUCCGAACAGUAAACAUAAUUAUUGAAAGUAAGUACUGUAUUUGUAUGGAUAUUUUGAGACCUACGUAUUGGAAUAUUAAAGUAUGUAUAUCUGAAUUAAUAUGCUAAG